GCAAAAUACUUGUCUACCAUUAAACAGAAAAAUUAACAUAGUGGAGUGGAGCAUUACAUGAAAAGUAGAACCGACUGAAUGUACUUUCCAGCUCUGUUUGCUGUUUUUACAUCAACUCUGACUUUUAACCUUGAAAUUCAUCCAGUUCAGCAUCAAGUUGAGCAGAAAACCUGCGAUAAUCUGUUAUCAGGAUCAGCUGCACUCAGCUCCACUUAACAAAGACCACUUUCAUUAUCUGUGCGUGCGUGUGCGUGUGCGUGUGCGCGCGUGUGUUGGAGGCGGGUCUUUCAUCCUGCUUCACUCCGGAGCAGCUCCUCCUGACACACGGACGCACUUCUCUCCUCUCCGGGGCAGAGCGCACAUCUCUGCCGGCCGGAGAGCAUGAAGUCCCGGCAGGCGGCCCGAGGACGCACCGCUGAGGGAGAAUGACCGGGAGGAGUCGGACUUAUUCACGGAGAAACGAGGCUUUAAGUUCGGACUUCUUUACAGCGGGACCGGAGCGCAGUUUGUUUCUGGAUGUUUUGGAUCCGUUUCUCUCUGAUUAUGGAGUCUAAAAUCUAAAAAGAGACCUUUUUGUUCAUUAUUCUUAAAGUUUGAGCAGAAACCAACCCGGAGGAUCCGCUGGAGAAACUUUGUGACUCGGACAUGGAGCCGGAGGAGGGGAAGAUCUCGGUGUGGGUCUGCCGGGAGGAGAAGCUGGUCUCCGGCUUAACCAAGAGGACCACCUGCGCCGACGUGGUCCGAGUCUUGCUGGAGGACCAGAACCUGCAGCAGGGCGUCUCUGCCGCGAUGCUGUCCGGAUCCCCGCAGAACUACUGCGUGGUGGAGAAGUGGAGAGGCUUCGAGCGGAUUCUGCCCAACAAGACCAAGAUCCUGCGGCUGUGGAGCGCCUGGGGCGACGAGCAGGAGAACGUCCGCUUCGUGCUGGUCAAGAACGAGGCGUCGCUGCCCAACAACGGGCCCCGCAGCGCCGAAGCCCGGGUGGUCCAGAGCCGGGAGAGCGGCGGACCGGGCGGGCUGCUCCGAGGGACCGCCCGGAGCUGCUGGACCGCCGCCGCCGCAGCAGCAAACUUAUCCCAGGAGAAGCAGCGGCGCAUCGUGAGGAAGGCCUUCAGGAAGCUGGACAAGAUGAACAAGAAGAAGGAGGAGGCGGUGUGUAAGGACAAGGGCUCUGCGGAGAAGAUGGAGACGCUGGUCCACCUGGUGAUCUCCCAGGACCACACGAUCCGCCAGCAGAUCCAGAGGAUCAAGGAGCUGGACCGGGACAUCGAGCGCUACGAGGCCAAAGUGCACUUCGACCGCAUCCAGAGACACGGGGUGAACUACGUGCAGGACACCUACCUGGAGGCGGAGGCGACACCUGCGGACUGGAAGCGCAAAGCGGAGCGGCAGGACGCGCGCUGCUCCGCGGAGGCGCUGGCGCAGUUCGAGGAGUACGCGCGGCGCUGCGAGGAGGUGGUCCGGCUGCAGGAGGAGCUGACGGAGCGGGAGGCGCUGAUGGACAGCAUCACCGGGGAGAUCCAGGAGGAGCUCAACCGGCGCUGGAUGAAGCGGCGGCGGGAGGAGAAAGGAGCGGAGGCGGCGCAGGACGCGGACGGCGUCGCGGAGGAGAUGUGCGUCACCGCCGCCGCUCCAGCUGCGGAGCCAGAUGUGGAGAGUCUGUCGGAGAACGAGCUGGUUCUGGAGGAGGAGCGGAUCAAAACCCAACUGGACACCAGCCUCUACAUCGGCCUGAGGCUGAAGACAGACCUGGACGCCAUCAGGGGCGAUCUGGACCUGAGCCUGGCGCUCUGGGAGACCAAGGAGAGCGAACUGCUGGAGCUGCUGGCCCGAGUGGAGACCAUGGAGAUAGAGCAGGAGAAGCUGGAGGACGGCGAGCAGGGGGAGCUGGAGGCGGGGGGAGCCGAGGCCGAGCCGGGCUCAGAGAGGAGCGGCUGGGUGGAGCAGGCCAGGGGGCUCUCCAAGACCUGCAGCACCAACGACGAGGACUCGGACACCGGACUGAGCUCCAUGCACAGCCAGGACUCCGACAACCCGCCGGUCUGCGAGUCCCUGGUUUAGACUGAUGAGCUUCAAGCAGCUCCACGAACUCAGGGCAGAGGAUCAGUGUUGGAUGAACCUCUGAGGACUUUAAUUCUACAGCAAUAACUCUGCUUCAUGUAGUCUUUGCACAACAAUCAGCUGGAGGAGCAGCAGAGAAACAUCUGGACCAGCAGGGCUCCUGGAAACACGGAACCACUGAUUACUGAGUAGAUUAAAGCUCUAAGAAGAAACAUUAUUUAAGUUGCUUUGACAGAAUUGUGUUGCUUCAACUUGAUAUUGUGAGUAAAUUAAACUAAAAGUUCUGCUUUAGUCGAGGAACAUCACAGCAGUUUACUUUUUAAACUGAGUACACUUUUAAAACUCAUUAAAAUGCACAUUAAAUAAACAGAAAUACACUAAAAAAAAGUCAUGCAGAAGCUCCGAUUACCACCACUUAAAGCUGCAAGAUAAGAAAAAUAAGCAGAUUUGCUGUUUUAGGUCAUUUUUUUGAAAGUUGAAAACAUCAUUUUAAGUUGGUUUGACUUAGUAUUGUUGCUUCAACUUAAUAUUAGUUGUAAUUUAAAGUCAAAUUUCUGCAUCAGUUAAUAAAACUGGCUACAUUUUUCUUCUUUUUCUAACUUUAAACAGUGGAAUAAUUUUUUUUUUUCAAAUCUGCAAACUUAAAAUUUUGUUUUUUAAUACAUAACACUUUAAAAACUUUAAAUAAAGUAAAAAAAAAUUGUUAAAACCAACUUAAAAUGUUGCAUUUCUGCUGCAAGCAGCUCAUUAAUUUCAUCAGAAGUCGUCUAAACUCAGAAUCAUCGAUGCAAACUGUUGUUUUUUUGUGUGUUUGGAGCCCAGACGUUGCGUUUUCAGAGUGUAUCGCUGUUCUGCUGCUCCGUAGACGACCUCUGACCUCCGGCAGGAACGUCAACAAAGCAGCACUUGUUAGCAGCAGAGCAUUAAAGGAGAACACUUAUAAUCCACAGAAUAACUUUAAUCCCGUCGACGCUUUAUAAUCUGAAAACUGGCUGCUGUUUCCUGUAAAAGGUCGAAUGAAGCUUAAUGCACGUUUAAAGUUCUGUAAAAGCUCUUUUAUGAGGCGGUAAAGUGGAGUUAGACGCAUCGAAACAAACCGACUAACAGAAGGACUCUAAAACAGAACGACUCGACGAUCUGAAGCAGGGGUGUCAAACUCAUCUCAGUUCCACAUUCAGCCCAAUUUGAUCGCAAGUUUCCAGUAAAAUCACAGCAAAACAACCUUUAAAUAACCACAACUUCUAAUGUUUACUUUCAGAAAAGAGCCAAAAAAUUAGACCAAAAAAAAGACAAAAAAUUCACAAAUGACGCAAACAAGACAAAAAUGACAAAAGCAAGAAACAAAAUGACAAAAAAGUAGACAAACAACACAAGCGAGACAAAAGCUAAACUCAAGAUGACAAAAACGCGAAAAUAAAUGGCACAAAGCAAAACAAAAAAGAGACAAAAAGUUACAAAGCACCAAAAAAAUUGACAAACGACAAAAACAAAAACACAAAUGACACAAAUGACACAAACAAGACGAAAAAUGACAAAAAACACAAGCGAGACAAAAAGAAACAAAAUGACAAAAACACGAGACAAAACAACAAAAGUCAAACAAAAAGAUGAAAAGAAACAACAAAAACAAGACAAAACAUGACAAAAAUGAGGCACAAAACGACAAAAAAAUGAGACAAACGUCACGAAACAAAAUAGAAGAGAAAACAUUUGACAAAAAAGUUACAAAGUGACAAAAAAAAUGGACAAACGACAAAAAUGAGACAAAUAAGAAAAGUCAGACACAAAACAACUUGUCAUGGUCUAGAAAUGAUUUUAAAUUUAUACUUUUACUGAUUUACAAUCUGCAGUUAAUGUCUUCUCUGUAGUUUUUACACGUUGACGGCUGGAUUGGACCCUCUGGAGGACCACUUUUGGACCACGGGCCUCAUGUUGGACACCCCUGCUCUAAAGGUUUUAGCAUCGAUGUCUUCCUCAGAAACUUUUAUUUAACCGUCUUCAAGCUGCGUCACACUUUAUCCUCUGAAACUUUUGUGCAGCUGUUCCAGGAUUAUUUAAAAUUCUGAUUCACAACUUUUUAAAGAUUUAAAAUGACACAAAAUCUAAAACCUGCAUCGAGUGUUCGUGUUUCUGAGCAUUUCAAGCUAAACUGCUGCUUUCCUGCUGUGUGGGGUUAAAUUUGGAUGAUUUUAGAGCCGAGAAAGAUGAAAAAUAGGUGUUAAUAAGACUAAUAAUUAGUUUUGUAAAGCCAGUUUAUUUAUUUACACCCAGGUUUGAACCAGGCGGCUCGUGUUUCUCAAAAAUGAUGUUUCUCUUCAACAAAACUGCACAAGGAGACGUAUUUUCUGCUGCUUACACUCAAAAAAGUGCUUCCUGUUGGCACAACUUCAUUAAAUAAAUGGUUGCAAGAUAGAAAUAGAAACACUUUUAAGUUUCAAACACUAUUUUGACGUUUUGUUGACAUAAUAAUGUUUCAUCAACUUCAUAUUUUCUGUAAUUUCAACUCAGAUUUCUGCAUCAGUUGAUUUAAAACUGAAAUUAAGUUGAUGAAACUCAACAAAAUUGGAUUAAUAACUUAUUUGUUCUUCCUCUUGAGUUCAGGAUUUCUGCUAUUUUAACAACUAUGGACAAUUUCAAUGAGUUCAUACUAAAAAACUAAUUCCUCCAACUCAUCCUCCAACUCAAUUUAAUUUGUUGGUUGAACAUAAUUUAGUUAGAAGUCGUCCGAAUUCAAAAAGAUUGAUGCAAACUGUUAAUUUUUGAAGUCUUGAAGGAAAUAUGUUUUCUGCUGUUUAAAUGGACGAUUACAGGAUAAAAAUCCAAUUAUCCAGAUCACAUGUUUCUUCUCUUAUCAACAGAUUUAUGCAAAAAUGUUUAAUGCACAUCAGACGUCACAUUUGUGGCACCUUUGAGCUUCCACAGUUGAGUUACUGUAGCAGUUUAAACAGAAAUAAAUGAAAAAAUCUGUUUUUUACAGCUCUGUAACUGCUUCAACCAGCUCUGUUGGUGUAAAAUUUAGUCUGGAUGAAGCCAAGAAAGACGUAAAACCGAGUGUUAAUUCAACUAAAAGCUGAUUUAAAAAAAUAUAUUUAUUUUUUGGACAUGCAAAUGCAUUUGAGCUUGUAGGAAACAUGUUUUUUGGUAUUUAAAUAGAUGAUCAACUUGCAGGAUAAGAAUCCAAUUAUUCAGAUUGCAGAUUUCUUACAAAAUAUGUAAAAUGCACAUCAGAGGUCAUGUUUGUGGCGUCUUUGGGCUUCCGUAGAGUGUAAUUUUAUCAUUUUAAACAGAAAUAAGUGAGGAAAUUGUCCUUGUUUGUUGCACAAACGCCUGUCGGAUGUUAAGAUGCUUUUGGGCGACUCAGCCGUAAAACUGCAUUAAUGUUUUUUUUCAUUGAGCCCAAAUCGUUUUACUGCAGCUCUUUUUUAUCCAGAUAAUUGUAAAUGAAUCCUGAUAAUCCAGAAAAUGGAACAGAAGCUUCAAACGUGUUGUAAAAAGUGUAUUUUUUAACCCAAACUGUGAUAUUUUGGUGCUUAAAUUUAACCAAACAGCGAGUAAAAACAAUGAAAUGUCACUACAACCUGUUGCAAAAGUGUUCUUUCAAAGUAAAAGUCUUUUAUAUUUCCUUUAAAAAGAAGACUGAGGAUGCAGAUUAGCUGAGUAUGAAUGUGACUUUUUGAGUGAAUAAGGUUGGAACUGUGGGUUUAAAGCCAGAAAAGGUUGGUUUAGUUUGGUGUUUUCCUGUUUAAACGGCUCCUGAAAUAAUAAGAUCAGAACAAAUAUUAUUUUGGCUUCUGUUUAAAGAGAAACUCCAACAAAAACUUAGCAGGUGUUUAAAUCAUGAGACAGAUAAAAAAACUCAUUUAAGAAGAAGCAGAAGCUGAAAUAUUUAGAUUUUUUAGUCUGUAAAUGUGGUUUACAAUCUGUAAAUAGUGGAUUUUAACUUAAAUAAACAUUACAUAAGUCAAUACAACCCUGCAAGAUAAAAAAUCAACUUACAUGCCCAUCAGAAGUCACAUUUGUGAUCUCUUUGGGCUUCCAUACAAUGCUAUUUUAGCAGUUUAAACUAUCAGAACAACCCUGCUGCCCCCCCAAAAAUCCAUUUAUACAAAACUAAACAGCAUUUUAAUUAAUUGUAUAUUAGAAUGCAUUUCCUCCCUGAAAGUUAAAACCAGGCGUAAACUAACCGUGACGUCACCCGUUGGUUUCAACGUCGAGAAAAUGAAGCCCGGAUUUUGCUACUUCCUGGUCGCCGUUUUGGAUUUUUUGGAGCCAGUGAUGUAAAAAGCGUCAUCAAACAGACUGGACCGGAGAGCAACUAGGGGCAGGAUUGGCUGAGGACUCUCUUAUCCCGCCCACAUUUUACCGCAGAGGCUUCUGUUGCUGUCUAUCAAGUAUAGCCACGCCCCCUGGCUCCGCCAACUUUAACGAUUUAUUUAAAAUUCAGUAUUGAUUUAUUUUAAGAUCGGCCACCUGAUCUCUCAUUUUGACCAUGAAAACUAACGGGGAAAAAAAUCCUGAGCUGUAGAACAUCAGUCUAUCAAAUUUUAUUUUUUCCAAAAAUGAAUUGGGGUCUAUGGAGAAAAAGCUUUUUGGAGCCAACCCUAGCGGACGGCGGGAUAUUGCAAGUUUUUGACACUUCUGGGUUGGCUUCAAUUCUGGAGCCAGAUGCUACGUCCACUUUAUAUACAGUCUAUGGUUAAAACUGUAACAUAGCAGGAAGUUUUUGUCCAAUUUAGCACUUUUAUUCUUGAAAUUAUGGUUAAUUUUUACUCCCUGUUUGGUUAAAUUUAGGUACAAAAACUACUUUUUUGGAAAAUAUCUGGCUUUAGUUGACACUUUAACAUUAAGAACACCUGUUAGGAGCACCAAAAUGAUGAGGUUAGUUUUAGGAAAGUGGGAUGUUUUGGGUUAAAAUACGACAGUUUUAGUCCAUAUUUGAAGCUUUUUCUCCGUUUUCUGGGCUACCACAGCGACACGUUCAUCUAAUAAAUGAUGAAAAGGUAAAAAAAACUUGAUUUAAAUAUUACUUGUGAUAAAUUACAAACAUAAUGCAGCAGAAAAUCAGUUUCCUUUACAUUAAGACUGCAGCUCAGUCGUAUAAGAAGCUGUUUUUAUUGUGGUAAAUUCUUAAAAACAGGAAACACUUAAAAAAUCACUAUAAUACAGAUUAAAUAAACAUAAAUACACUAAAAAAAAAGUCAUGCACAAGCUCCUGUUCUCACCACUUAAAGCUCCAAGAUCAGAAAAAUAAUCAAAAUUGCCACAAAAAAGUUUCAAACAUCAUUUUAAGUUGGUUUGACUCGAUAAUGUUGCUUCAACUGAAUAUUAGCUGUAAAUUAAACUCAAAUUUCUGCAUUAGUUGAAGUAAUUUAAUAAAAUUAGCUAAAUUCUUUUUCCUAUUUUUAACAGUGGAAUAAUUGCUUUUUUCAAAUUUGCAAACUUAAAAACUUGUAUUUAUGCACAAAACAAAUAAAAAUACCAUAAAUAAUGUGAAAAUAUUCGUUAAAAGCAACUUAAAAUCUUGCAUUUCUGCUCCCAAGUAUUCUUCAGCAGCUCGUUUUUGUUUGUUAAUUUCAUCAGAAGUCGUCUAAACUCAGAAAUAUUUACUUCCCAGCAGCUUCCUGAUCGAUUUGAUCGUCGUGUCCCUUUAAACCUGCGUCUGGAUUAUCGUUGGAGCGUCGGUUUGGCAGCUCAGAGCGCUUUUUGUUUCCUGGAAAAGCUUCUUACUCAACAGCGGCCGACAAGAAAAGCCUCAUAUUUCUAUCAGCGUCGAGGAAUCGCUUCCGCUUCGGCCGUUGUGUAACAAAAACAUGUGAAUCUGAACAUCUGUAGCGUUUCUAAUCAGCACAUCCAUGCAAAAUGUAUAAAAUGCACAUUAGAAGUCACAUUUGUGGCGUCUCUUGAAUUCCGUAUUCGUCGCUAAAGGAUGCAGGCGUUUUAAUUUUCCAUUUGCUGGGUUUAAAAACUGAACAUCUGGUGUUUGCAGCUCAUUUUCAGCCGUUCCAGGAUUGUUCAGUGUGUUGAUUAGCAACUUUAUGAAGCUUGUGACCCUUUAAAAUGACAUAAAAAUCAAAAAUCAGCGUCAUGUGUGGAUAAUUGUGUGAACAUUUCAAGGUAGCAAACACAAACCUGCUCUGGUGUUGGUAAAUCUGGGUAAUUAGAGAGUCUGGAGGAAGCAGAGAAAGAUGCAAAAAGAAGUGUUAAUUAAACUAAUAACCCAUUUUAUAAAGUAUAUUUAUUUAUUAUACGGUAGUGUUGCUCAUUUAAACCGAUGAUUCAAAAAAGAAAAGUUGUAUUACCUUUGCUGACAUGUUUCCUCAGAGGUUUAAAUAAGCAACGCUAUUGUACAGUAAUGAACGACAAAAUGAACCCAAUCCAACUAUAUUUAUUUAUUUAUUGGACGUCCAAGUUGGGAAAAAUCAAUCCUGUUUCAGAAAGUUACAUCCAGUCUGGAAGGAAACAUGAUUUCUGCUGUUUUACACUCAAUCAAUUAAUUAAAUGGACGUUUACAAGAGAAAAAUCCAAUUUAAUGCCCAUCAGAAGUCAUAUUUGUGGCCUCUUUGGUCUUCCGUAGAAAUAUUUUUGCAGUUAAAACAGAAAUAAAUGAAUGAAUCUGGUUUCUGUAACUGCUUUAGCCUGCUCUGUUCGUGUUAAAUUUAGUUUGAAAGAAGCAGAGAAAGAUGCAAAAGCGAACUAAUAAUUAAUUUUAUAAACUGCAUUUAUUUAUUGGACACCCAAGUUGGGGAAAAACAUUCCCAUUUCUCAAAAAAUUACAUCCAGUCUGGAAGGAAACAUGUUUCCUGCUGUUUAAAUGGAUGGUUACAGGAUAAAAAUCCAAAAUUCAGAUAAUACGUUUCUUCAUUCAUGCAAAAUCUGCAAAAUGCACAUCGGACGUUACAUCUGUGGCGUCUUUGGGCUUCCGUAGAGUGUUAUUUUAGGAGUUUAAACAGAAUAAAUGAGUAAAAUGUCCUUGUAUGUGGCACAAACACCUGUGGGAUGGUUCUCAGAUGCUUUUGGGAGCCUCAUACAGCUGCAGGAGGAACUAUUUUCAGCCUCGGCUCACUUUGGAUCCUAGAAAUAGCUGCUGUAGUUUAACGUCUGCUCUCAGACCUGCUGGGAUGUCUCACAUUCAGAGGAGUGCUUUCACUGUGUGUCUUCGUCAGGAUGUCGUGACGUCGGUUCUUCCAUGUUCGUCCAGCUGUAAAAGAUGAAAACUGUUUCUGCAGGACCUUUAGGAAGCUUCAUGGCUCCACGUUAUCGCACGACUGUUAGUGUUGAAAUAAACGGUGAAUUAUGGAAUCA